ACAUUUGGUUUCUAUUAUCACAUCACAUUUUAUUAUUUAUUAAUUGCGUAAUAAUUUGCACUACUCGUAGUUAACUUGAACUGCGUCUAAUUAAAUACUACUGAAUAAUUCAUACAGAGAUCAAAACUUUGUCAAGUGUAAUGAAUCGCUAUUCAUGACACGACGGUUAAAUUAUGAAGCUACAUGAUUAGUGAUAAUGGCUGAAACUGUAAACAAUAUUAAUUAAUUACUGUUUUUAAGAGGAAUAGUCGUCGGCCAUGUAUCCGAGGUGCGGUAGUAGUGGUUCUAUCCAGAACAUGCACCAGACCCCGUCGUCAUCCAACCAUAAUUCAGACGAUGACGAUGACAGCGGCGACAACAAAGCUUCCGCGCUCAGUUUUAAGGAGAGAAGAAGAGAGGCCCAUACUCAGGCCGAGCAGAAGAGAAGGGAUGCCAUAAAGAAGGGUUACGACUCCCUGCAAGAGCUGGUGCCCACCUGCCAGCAGACAGAUGCUUCUGGCUACAAGCCCAGUAAAGCUGCAGUUCUUCAGAAAUCAAUAGACUACAUACAAUACCUACUGCAGCAGCGACGUCGUCAGGAGGACGAGCGGAACGCGCUCCGGAAGGACGUGGUAGCGCUACGCAUCAUGCAAGCCAACUAUGAGCAGAUUGUCAAGGCACAGCACUCUGUGCCCGGGCAUAAUGAGCAACGGCUUACUGAUCAGGAUAAGUUUCAAGUUUUUCAGGGUAUAAUGGACAAGCUGUACGAGUCGUUCGAGUCGGUGCCGACGAACAACUUCGCGGAGUUCUCGGCGGGCGUGUUUAACUGGCUGGAGGAGUACUGCAAGCCGCAGUCUCUGCGGACCAUGGUGCACGGUGUGCUACGUGAGCAGAGCUACACACCAUAGUUUUUUUUUAUAUUAAUGUAAAAUGAAAAUAAUCACCGCUUCGGGCAAUAGCUAAACUUGAACUUGCGACCUUUGGAACACCGGUCAAGUUGCUCUUAACCAAGCUACCGAGGCUUGCUAGAAGUGUGCGAUUUUUUCCAUUCCUUCCUUUUGUUUACACGCCUUAAAGCGGCGCAUAGUGACAUCUACCGUAAAAAGCUCUAUUGUGAGCGACACAUGAGUCUUAAGUUACAUUGAGAAUUCACCAGUAACAAUGUGCUAUCCAAUACUAAAGUAAUAAAAAAAAAGACCCAUAUGGACCCAUAUUGGGUUGCAUAAAAGUUUAAGUCAUAUCUUUGAUACACAUAACCAUUUUUGUCAUAAUCAUCAUUGCGCAUACAAAUGAAAAGUCAUAUUAUAUUGUGUCAUACAUUUUUAGCCAUAAUAUUUGAUGACAUACGUAGCAGUUGUCAUAU